GGCGGGAGAUCAGCGAGGGAUGUGGCCUCUGAGGGGCAGAGGCUGAGCCGCCCGGCCCGCCGCACAUCGCUUCCCGCCCGAUUCUCCGCCCCAGCAGCAGGAGCGAGAACGCCGACUCCGCGGCAGCUAGUCCUCCUCGUUUUGUGACGGUGGAUGAACUUCUAGAGACAGCAAAAGGAGUCACUAACAUGGUUCUAGCCCAUGAGAUUGUCGUAAAUGGAGACUUCCGGAUUAAACCCGUUGAAUUACCAGAAGACAGUUUGGAGAAGAGAGUAAAGGAGAUUGUACAUAAAGCUUUCUGGGAUUGCUUGAGUGUCCAGCUAAGUGAAGAUCCCCCAACAUACGACCAUGCCAUUAAACUUGUCGGAGAGAUCAAAGAGACUCUGUUAUCCUUCUUGCUGCCUGGUCACACUAGCCUGAGAAACCAGAUUACAGAAGUCUUGGACCUGGAUCUGAUAAAGCAAGAAGCAGAGAAUGGGGCCCUGGACAUUUCCAAGCUGGCAGAAUUCAUCAUUGGCAUUAUGGGGACACUGUGUGCACCUGCUCGAGAUGAGGAAGUUAGGAAACUAAAGGACAUUAAAGAAAUAGUGUCCCUUUUCAGGGCAAUUUUUUCUGUGUUGGACCUAAUGAAAGUGGAUAUGGCAAACUUUGCUGUCAGUAGCAUUAGGCCACAUCUGAUGCAGCAGUCAGUGGAAUACGAAAGGAAGAAGUUUCAAGAGCUUUUGGAGAAGCAGCCGAAUUCCCUGGACUUUGUUACCCAGUGGUUGGAAGAAGCUGCAGAUGACCUCAUGAAGUAUAAAAAUGCCCUGCCAGCUGGGGGAGGGGCUGCUGGCUCUGGGGACGGUGCUGUGCCAAAUCCUGUUGCUGUCCAGAAUUAUGCCUACCUGAAGCUUCUGAAAUGGGACCACCUCCAGAGACCUUUCCCUGAGACUGUGUUGAUGGACCAGUCUCGCUUCCAGGAGCUCCAGCUUCAGCUGGAGCAACUGACCAUCCUGGGAGCCGUGUUGCUGGUUACGUUCAGCAUGGCAGCCUCGGGAAUUUCCAGCCAGGCUAACUUUGCUGAGAAACUCAAGAUGAUUGUGAAGAUUCUGCUAACAGAUAUGCAUCUGCCCUCCUUCCAUCUGAAAGAUGCCCUGACAACAGUCGGGGAGAAAGUCUGCCUGGAGGUGAGCAGCUGCCUUUCCCUGUGUGGGUUCGCCCCCUUUACCACGGACAAGGAGACCGUGCUCAAGGGCCAGAUCCAGGCCGUGGCCAGUCCUGACGACCCCAUCCGCAGGAUCAUGGAUGCCCGAAUCCUGACCUUCUUAGAAACCUACCUUGCCUCAGGUCAUCAGAAGCCAUUGCCCGCAGUACCUGGGGGAUUAGGUCCAGUCCAAAAAGAGCUGGAGGAGGUUGCUGUUAAAUUCGUUCGCCUGGUCAACUACAACAAGAUGGUCUUCAGUCCCUACUACGAUGCAAUCCUCAGUAAAAUCCUUGUCAGAGCCUAGCACGUAUGUUCCUACAGCGGCAGUGUGAUCUACUCAACUCAGAAUACGUGUUCUCAACUAUAAUAGUGCUUUGGAAAAUGGCUAUUUAGUACAUUUCUAUUUAAUAGUAUUGAUUACAAAAGGAAGAAUAUUAUAUAUCACUGUUGAAAAGACUUGUUGAAAAAUGCACUGAAUUCUAUUUUGAGGGUUUAUAUUUAUGAGUGCAAGUUUACAAAUCAAAGAAACGUUUUCUUAUCUUGAGUUUCAUAGGUAGCAUUCAGCUUUUAAACACUUGACUGCCAUGUGUCUCCACCCCUACCCCUGGCAUCCUGAUUGUAUCUGCUUACCCCUAAAGGCUGGGACCUCCCUUUUGCCAUCCGGGUAAUUUUUCUUUCAAACACUCAAGAGUACCUGACAGCCACCCAAGAAUAAAAGAAACAGCCAUGGCCAUGUUUAGAUUCUUGCCCCUCUCUCGCACAGCCUCCCACCUGUCAUCCCGCCAGGUUAUUUUGUGUUAGAAGGACUACGUGUAGUCUCACUGACUUUUCCCACCCCACUCAUUGCUUUCCCCACCCCACUUAUUGCUUUCCCCCUGUCUGACCUAGCCAGAGCCCCAGAGCCUUUUUGUUGUAGAGGAGUUACUUGAUUUUAAAAAGCUUAUUCUUUUAUACAGAAUUAUUCCUGAGCCUUGAUGACAGCAGUUAUGACUUAUGGGAUCUAGAGAAAGGAAACUCUUUAACUUUUAAGCCUUGAAAGUCAAGGAGGAAAUAUAUAUAUAUUUUUAAAUAUAUGUUAGUAUAAUAUAAAAGAAGUAAAUGUCUGGAGUUUUUACGGAAAAAUUCACUCUGACACAAUACACAGAUGUAUUGGUUAGAUUAGAAUCCCAGAAGUAGAGUUACGUGUUUUCAGAUAAAAUAGGAUAAGUUUACUUAUUUCUUUGGUAAGGAAGUCAUAGAUAAUCCUGUUUCGAGCAGUAUUUUUCGAGGAACUUCAGUGACCAGAAUUCCUGACGUAUCCUGUGACUGAAAGAGAAGUUUGGAUCUUAUAGAUGACCUGGUCUAGUAAAAAAAUAAACGUGUGCACGUGUAUAUUUCAGACAGAGACAUAAUAUUAGAAGCAGAGCCAUGAAGUUGCUGGAGGGGUCUCCAACUCCCAGAACAGCAGGGGGUGAAAUAUUGCAAGGAAUCCCUUUAUUGAAGGCAAUGAGGGGUGGGGUGCAGUGAGGGACAAGGUUGGAGGCAACCUGAGAAACAUUUACCAUGUAGACUGUCCAGUGAUACCAGGCUUCCAAGGAGUGAAUGGUCAUACUGGCGGGGAUAUGAUUUCUCCAAAUACAUAUUACAUGUUUUUUUACUUGCAGUCAGAACUAUGCUGCAUUAUGUGGUCAGAAACCAUAUUAUUAAAGUUUCGACUCAAGGACAAAUCUUCCCUGGUUUCAUUGGAAAGGGAUAAAAAGUUCAGUACCUAGGAGUUUUCAAGAACAAAAUCGUAUCUUUUAUAGUGUGUUCAAUGAGGCCACUCUUGGAAUCGUUUCUGGCGGUAGGUUGCUCUGUGGCACUGUGCUCAUGGGCUGUGUGAUACCAGGUUCUGGGCUGAGAAGCAACCGGGCAGCACUCAGCCUGCCGCAGCCUUGGCAUGUUUGGGGUGCUUUCUCCUUCUCCUUCCAAGGACAAAGGAGAGGAGCUUUACCCCCAAACACACUGGGUAGAGCACCACCUCCGGCAAUUAUUCUUCCUAAAUCUCAAAAAUUCUUGUUUUUGCUUUCUUUUGGAAGAGUUAACUCUCACAAGAUUUUUUUUGCCCCUAAUGAGUUCCUAAAUUGACAAAGUUUGGACAGUUUGAAAUCUUAGUGCAUAUAGUGUAACAGAGUUUCACAGACUCUCACGAUGCCCCCUACCUCAGUUUCCUCUGGUGGAGUUGUGUGGCCAAAGCCAAAAAUGAAGGAGGCAAAGUUCAGAAUCAAAUAUUCAUAUUGAAUUGUUUUGUUGUUGCUCUUUGAAGAUAAGUGAGCUAAUUUUCUUCCUGGAAUCUCAUAGGAUUAUCACUAAGGGCCAGGAAAAUUCACUUAGUUCAUUUAGUCACUCAGGAAAUGUUCAUUAAUUAAGUAUCUUCUUAUAACUCCUCCCUACAGCUCUCUAGCUCCUCCUCCAAGACAAAAUAUCCUUAUGGCAUAUAAAUUAUCCUGCAUUGAAUUGGUUCUUUAUACUGUAUAUGGAUUGGAUUUAACAUGAUUUCCUGCCUAACAGGUUUGUGGAAACAAGUGUCUUUUACGAAAAUGCUGAGUUCAUUUGGUGGAUAGAACUGAGAGCCUUGAGAGGAGGUCAAUAUCAACAUGUCUCAGAUUUAUUUGAUAGUCUCCUGAAUGGAUGGAUGGAUGGAUGGAUGAAUGAGUGAAUGAAUGAAUGAAUGAAUGAAUGUCUGGAGCAGUAAUUACUGCUUUGUCGGCUUUCAGUUGGGUAGAUGGGUAAAUGGAUUAUCAGUCUAGGUGUUUUUUAAAAAAAUGCCAUUACUUUUAAAGCUAGCUGUGAAAUGUGAUUGUUUAUAUAACCAUGUAACAACUAUGUUUCAGGUAAGAACCACACUGAUAGACUGUCUUGUCAAUUAAAUGCAGUAGACAGAUGUAUGAGAACUUUUUUCUCUGUGAAGAAAAGUUAUUAAUCAGUUUGAUACAAUAUCAGGUAGACAUACAGGCUGACUAUUGUAAAUGGGUUAUUCAGCAGUUCUGUUUUGGGAGCAGUACUUGUUUUCAUUUCUCUAAGGCCUUGAAAUUCCUGAGAAUAAAGGGAUGUUGUUGCCACCAGCUUUUCUGGUGAUUUCCAAAGGGAAUAGGUGUUUGCUGUUUGAUUUCCAGUGACCUUUUGGCAUGCCCUGAUUUGUAUGUAUAACAUUUGUUUCUUUUCAUUUUGAGGCAUGCUGGUAGAGCGGAAAGAUGGGGAGCUGUCAAGAGUUCUGAUCUCAUUUCUGUUACUUACCAGCUGGGGCAAAUCAGGACCUUUUACUAAAACCUAUAAAAUGAAAGAACUGGACUUGACCUUUAAGCUCCUUUCCAGUUCUGAUGUUCUGUGAUAAAUCUGACUGCAGUAACUUCAGUAGGAUGUAGUAGGAUUGUACACAAACUCCUGAUUUAGAGGAAGGUCUGAGUUUGAGUCCUCUGUUGCCUUCUUACUGGUUUUAUGGUAUUGGCUAGUCAGUCUCCCUAGGCUCUCACUAUUUUCUUCUGUAGAAUGGGAACACUACUAACUCAUACUUCCUGUGAGUAUUGAAUUUGAUAAUGGAUAUCAGAAUUUUUGUACACAGGAAAGGAUUAUAAAUUGCUUUAUUAACAACAAAGGAGAGCAUAUAACCCUCUACUUGUAGGUGCACAUCUGUUAUCAACUGUCGGGGUCCUGCCUCCCUUCAGUCACACACAUUUCACAGGCCUGUAGGGACAGUUUUCUUCCUAUCCUGUUUCCAGACUGUUAUUUUCUUUCAUCAUCUCUUCUGUGCUAGAGCUGCAAUUUUACCUUAUCUCCCAACAUCCACCUCCACCCCAGUGAUUUCUCCUUAUCUCCACCUCUGUGUUAUUAUUUGAACUAAAUGAAUGCAUGAAUGAACAAAUGAAUGGAUGGCUGAACAGUAUUGGAUGAUGGGCUAUAACACUCAUAUUUAAAGGCAUUGUCUCAUUGGAAACAUAAUCUAAAUAAAGAAAUACAAUAAUGUUUGCAA